AUGCUGCUCCGCAUCAUUUUAUCGCAUUGCGUCGUCUGGGACUUUGUAGUGAUCCAGUUCGGGUUUGUGACUCUGUUUGUGGCAGCAUUUUCACUGGCCCCACUCUUUGCCCUGCUCAACAACUUGGUGGAGCUACGCCUGGACGUGUAUAACUUCGUCUGCAAUGAGAGACGCGUCACGUCGAAGCGCGUCCAAGACAUCGGCGCCUGGUCUGGCAUCCUCAAGGCCGUCACCUACAUUGCAGUUAUUUGUAAUGCAUUUGUGAUUGCAUACACAACGGACUUCAUUCCCCGCAUGGUGUAUCAGCUCAGCCAUUCCUCGAACAAGUCCCUCGUAGGAUUCGUAGACGCUUCUCUUUCAGGUUUUAUGGGUAACAUUCCACCGACAUGUCGCUAUCCCGGAUACCGCGAACCUCCCAAUUCUCAGAAUCCCUAUGGCUACUCGGAGUUUUACUGGCACAUCUUGGCGGCUCGACUCAUCUUUGUAGUCGUCUUUGAGGCCCAGUUCGAUACGGAGAAGAAGAAGUUCCAAGCCCAAAAAAUGGAAAAGGAUGCAGGACUGCCUCCGGCCCAAGGCGUCUCGUCGCCCCUGUCGGCUCGGUCCCUGCGCUCCCCCUCGCCGAUCUUGGUCCUCCCCGAGGAGGUGGAAAAUGCCUCUCGCACCUCGCUGCAGCCGCCGCGAUACUGACAGCUUGCGUUUCGCUCUAGACAGAACGUUGAAACGGACCUUUCGAUGGUGUUUUACAUCUCGAGAGGCCGACUACCGGUAAUAUUUUGAGUAAAUUCCUAGAUACAUACUUGUUUACAUUUCUACUUUUCCAUGAAGAUCAAAAAGUAAAAAUCAUCCCUUGAAACUAAAUUAUUUUCGAGAAAUGGAGAAUCUGUGAUGUAUAACGAACUGGAAAAGGUAAAACGCUCAUUGACAACAACGAGAGGACCAUAAUUCAAUCUGAAGUGAUAUGCCAUAAUUUUCCUGUGGUAAUCAUAGAAGUGCCUUUCUACAUCUCUUAUUUUCAUCAAGAAGGAAAAUAUUAUAAUAUUAGGCCAUUUUCUAAAGCUGGAACCAGCGUCUUCAACAGUAUUUCAAUCCUCCCUCGAAUCGUCUGAUGGAUGAAACAUGCACAAAUACAUCCAAAUCAAUCCUAACUGCCAGGAGCCCAGCGCAAUUGUUGAGGUAACAAAGGAAAGAUAAAAGUUGCAAUAAUAAAAAAUAUUAUGGAAGCUCCUACAGAUACUUUCACGCAUGCAAAAGCAAUCCUUGUGGAUAAAGGCUUCUGCAAAAAGUUCAUGGCACAUCAGCCUUUCACCAGGCUUGCACAUGACAUGUAUCCACGCAGCUUGGAGUGUCAUUGGUCUUUUUUAAAGCAAAAAUGUAUUUUAAAUGUGUUUUCCAUUCAAAUCUGUAUAUCUUGGGUCUUAUUUCAGGAGCAGAAAACUUGAUGAUUAAUGCAUAAAUGUAUCUAUUCAGCACA